GGUAAAUAUGACAUAUGCAGUCAACCUUCUUUCUAACGUCUGUGAAUGUUGGAACCAAAACAUUUCACUGCUGAGAUAAUUCUGUUUACAAUUUCUGGUUCAAUUAAGGAAGAAAACAAAUGGCUACAAGUAUUGUCCCUCCAUCUUCCACUGGCAUAGAACAACUGCUUGAUAUUUACAUUGAGAAUGCAGAAAGUUUGAUCACACAGUCCCAGCAACUGGAUGUAAAUGAUGCAAAGAAAUUAGAGAAAAAGUGUAGAUCUGAACUGAAAUAUCUUCACUCGCUGAAGGAACGAAAAAAAGCAAUAACCAAUCGCGACAUUAAGGUUCGAGAACAUGAUUUAAAAAGCAGCAACCUGAGUCACUUUUCUGCUAUUAUCCAUGCUGCUACCAACUUACCGAAAGUGAAAAAGAUUCUGCGUCCAUUUAGAUCUAAAGAUAGGACAGACAGCCUUGUGGUUGAUAUUGUUGCUCAAGAUGGUCGUAUUUGGGUCAAAGUGAUAGCCAGAAAAGCGCAAGCUCUUCAUCUUAUUUGGGCAGGUAGAGGUCAGUAUGGAGACCGUGAUAUUGUGCGCCAAGCUGAAGAUUAUUUGAAAUGUGCAGCUGAACAUACGAUAAAUUUUAUCGUACCUGAAGUACACUAUGCAUUUUACAACGAGGUUACUGAUGACAUGGCAGCUGCUCUUGAAGAUAUUGGUGUUAAAGUUUGGGGGAAAAGAAUACCCGUUUCUUCUGACAUUCAGCAUCUUGUAGAGAUUUCCGAAAGUUACUCUGACGAUGAACAUGACGUGAACAAUCGAAUAAAGAGUGAUUCGGACGAGGAAGAUGAUUACAAUGAAGAGGAUGAUUUUCACAUUCCAAGUGCAAGUGAAUAUAAAUCUUGUUACAAUAGAUUAAAACACUUAGAGAAAAUCGAAAUUACUCCAAAGCAAUCUGAAACUGAAGAUCUGUCAAAUGACAAUGGUAGAGAUGUUGGUCUGAUUGAAAGCAAAUCGACGUGUAUAGAGAAUGGAAAAUGUAAUAAUGUUAAAAGUACGUCGUUAACAAUCCAAUCCAAUCACGGUACUACCUUUAAUAUGUCAAAUAUCAAUGACAUAUCUCAGGACUCUUCUACAAAUAGUCUCGAUAAACAAGAUAUACUGCUACAGAUUUUAGGAAGUGCACCAACAUAUAGUUUUACAGAUGCUGUUAUACCGGAAGUGAUACAAGAAACAUCCGAUAAUGUCCUAGAAGCCAAAGGAGUCAAUCUUGACAUAACAACGAUGAUCACACUAGUAUCAAGUAUAUCACAUGGUGGUUGUAACUUCAUCUUUCGGGAAAACAUUCUCUCGCUUCAGGCCAAAGAGGAAAGAGAAUGCCCGGUACUCCCAGCCUUGCAAAAAUAUCUAAAAGGUAAGGAAAUGUAUGUGUGUAAGACGGCACUAGAUGACUUCCAGACGAUUCUUAAUACUUUGGGUGGUGAAAACGAGAAAAGUAGAGCAGCUGAACUUUUGGAAACAUGUAAAAUGGUCCCAGAUCAGCCUUCUGUAAGAUCUCAGGAUCUUCCAAAGACGGGGAAAAUAAGAGACAGAUCCAAGAUUAUAUUUGGAACUGGGGACCAACUGAAGUGUGUUACAGUAUCUGCUAAUUCAGGAUUUGUUCGAGCAGCAGAGCACCAGGGCAUUGUAUUUGCAGUAUAUCUUCACCAGUCUAGAGCACUAACAGAAAAGAAGGAACUUACGGCUGAAAAGGUCACAGAUAUAACUAAUCAAGAUUAAUAUAAUGAAAUGGUUGACCAUGGCUAGUUCUAUGUUGACUCUCUGUGAGAGGAUAUUUGUAUUAACAGGGUUGCAAUGAUUUCCCACUUUGCAUUGAAUUCAACCAGACGUCCGUUACUCAGGGUUAGUAAUGGGCUUCUGGUUCAACAAUAUAUUGCUUUUCGGUCAUAGGAAACAAUUUGAGAAUAUAUGUUUGAUAUACUGUUUGCAUUAAAACAUUCAUAAUUGGU